GAGGCGGGCACCGACGAGUUCUCCCUGGCUCAGUCGCUGCGCUGCCCGGACGCGUCUCGGCGGCCACGGCUCUGCGCGCUCGCAGGACCCUCGCGCCGAGCUCCCGGAGCCCCGCGGACGGAGGUCUUGGCCGUCACCAUGGGUCUGCGAAGUACUGGAAUGUUCUUGCUGCUGCUCAGCGUCCUGCGGGCUGGUGUCCAGGAAAAGAAAGUGCGCGCCAUGGUGGGCAGCAAGGUGGAGCUGGGCUGCCUGGGCCCCGAGGGCAGCAGCUUCAACCUGAGUGACCUCAUGGUAUACUGGCAAGUCAGCGGCUCCAAGACGGUGGUCGCGUACUACUUCCCGGAGAACAGCUCGGCCGUGCACCAGGACAGCCGCUACCGCAACCGGGCCCACCUCUCGCCCGCCGCCAUGAGGCAGGGCGACUUCUCCCUGCACCUGUUCAACGUCACGCCCCAGGACGCACAGACAUUCCACUGCCUGGUGUUCUGCAAGGCCACACUGGAGGAGGUUCUGAAGGUGGUGGUGACGUUGCACGUGGCCGCCAACUACAGCAUGCCCGUGGUCAGCUCGCCCGCGGUCAGCUCGCCCGGCGCCGUGUCCCAGGGCUCAGAGCUCACCUUCACCUGCACGUCCACCAACGGCUACCCCGCACCCAGAGUGUACUGGAUCAACAGGACGGACGGCAGCCUGCUGGACAAGGCCCUGCAGAACAGCACUGUGUCCCUGAACGCACGCGGCCUGUAUGACGUGGUCAGCGUGCUGACGGUGCCCCACAGCCCGCACGUGGAUGUUGGCUGCUGCAUCGAGAACACGCUCCUGCAUCAGACCCUCACGGUCGGCAGCCAGCCAGAAUCUGUCGUGGGAGUUACAGACAGGAUCACGGAGCACCCAGCCAGCCCCGCAGAGGAAAGGGGUGCCAGCGUGCUUGUCAUCCUUGCCGUGCUGUGCGUGGUUGUGGCCGUGGCCGUGGGCUGGGUGUGCAGGAGCCGGUGUCCCCGCGGCUACACAGGUGCCCAGGUCAUGACAGUUCUGCAUCAGCUUCCAGACCGCACUUGACUGGACACCACCCAGGGCCCGGACAGCGCUGGUCAGAUGUUCUGGUCCAACAGUGACGGCUGCUUUACAAGGGACUGGCACGGGACAGGUGGCAGAGAGGACCCCAGACGCUUACUCCCUGUGAGCUGUGAGCAGCACCAGAAGCUCAUGGUGCCCCCUGGUGAGGGUACCCCACUGCCAGCUGAAGGCGCCCUGCAGCGUGCUCACCUGCACUGAGCCGUGCCCCUUCUCGGCCCCGUUGGCCUCCAAAAGGCACCAGGUUCCGGACUGUCCCAAGAUGCUUU